AACUUCAAUUCAUAAUUUGUUAGUUUAUUGGAGGUACAGAAAACGACACAGCAGCUCUUCGGCGUGAUUGUCCCGUUUGUUUCAAUUGUCGCCAAGAUAAUGUUUUCCCCCACGGGCUAAAUUCACAUCACGUGACGGGGCGUUCCUGGGGGCGUUCCCAGACCAACCGUCUGUAUCUAUACAGUGUGAUUAGAAAACAUGCGUCGAUACUACACACUCCAGUUCAGAUGUUGGCGGUAAUGCACUGAUAAGCUAGUCUGCCAACCCCCAGCAAACACUUAAAGAAGUAGGAGAAGCUGCUGCUUUCGGACGCAACAGUCCUUUGAGGAGAGAAAGAAAUUCACGUUCCCUGAAGCUCCUCCCACAAACCCUGCAGAAUGAAACAGAUUGAAGAGACUGAAGAACACACAGAGUUCAUUGAAGAAAAUAAGGUGAAAGAAGAACCGAGUGAAACUGAAGAGAAAAAUCAUGCUAAACCUGGAGAAAAUCCUUUGAGUUGCUCUCAAACCAAACAGAAAAAAUUCAGUAAGAGUAGAGUCAAGAAAUCUUUCACCUGCUCUCAGUGUGGAAAGAGUUUCUCAAGGAAAUCUAAAUGUGAUCUUCAUAUGAGAGUUCACACUGGAGAGAAACCAUACACAUGUGAUCUGUGUGAAAAGAGCUUCACACAAUCAUCAAGCCUUAAGUUACACAUGUACAUCCACACUGGAGAGAAGCCAUACAAGUGUUCACACUGUGACAAGAGAUUCCGUCAGUCAGGAUACCUGAAUAUACACAAGAGGAUCCACACUGGAGAGAAACCGUACACAUGUGGUCAGUGCGGGAAGAGUUUCACAAUAAAAGCACAUCUUACAGAGCACAUGAGAGUUCAUACCGGAGAAAGACCAUUCACUUGUGACCAGUGUGGGAAGAGCUUCACAAGAAAAGCACAUCUUACAGGGCAUAAACGAGUUCAUACUGGAGAUAAACCGUACCCAUGUGAUCAAUGUGGGAAGGGUUUCACACAAUCAGCAAACCUUAAGAGUCACAUGAACAUCCACACUAGAGAGAAACUGUACACAUGCGAUCAAUGCAGAAAAACAUUUUUGUGGGCUUGGUACCUGAAGAAACACAUGAGAGUUCAUACACAGGAGAAGCCAUAUUCAUGUGAUUUGUGUGGAAAGAGUUUUUCAUGUUUAAAAAAUUCACAAAAUCAUCAGAAAAUUCACUCUGGUGUGAGAGACCAUGUGUGCUAUGGGUGUGAAAAGACUUUUAUUUCAGCGGACCGUUUAAAACUGCACCAAAGGAUUCACACUGGAGAAAAACCUUACAAGUGUUCACACUGUGACAAGAGAUUCAGUCGGUCAGCAAACCUGAAAAGACACCAAAGGAUCCACACUGGAGAGAAACCUUACAAGUGUUCACACUGUGACAAGAGAUUCAGUGUGCCAGGAGCCCUGAAAAGACAUGAGAGGAUCCACACUGGAGAGAAACCGUAUCACUGCACUGCAUGCGGGAAGCGUUUCAGUCGUUCAUUUUCUCUACACAGUCAUACAAAACACUGUCACAGAUCAUCUUCAGAUCCAGCACUUUCAGAUCUGAUGCAGCAUCCUCAGCAAAUGAGACACAAUAAUGAAUCAAGCAUUAACAUAUCGUUUUUUGAAGCAGGAAUAUCUGGAGGAGUAUCAUCUGAACUGAGAUCUGCUGCUGUGAAGAUGGAGUUUCUUAAAAAGGAGAGUGAAGAGAACACGAGUGAACCAGAAACACUGAGAAUAAAACACGAAGAACCAGAAGCCUGGAUAAUAAAACAAGAGGAACCAGAAACUACAAUAAUUAAACACGAGGAGCCAGAAACCUGGAGAAUAAAACAAGAGGAACCAGAAACUAUAAGAAUAAAACACGAGGAACCAGAAACCUGGAGAAUAAAACAGGAUCAAGGAGAGUUUAUUGAAGAAAUUGAGGAGAACCAAGAAUCGAGUGAAGAUGAGGAGAAUCAUCAUGUCAGAACUGGAGACAAACCUUUGAGUUGCUCUCAAACCAAACGGAAAGAUUUAAAGAAAAAAGCCAAGAAAUCUUUCACCUGCACUCAGUGUGGAAACAGUUUUUCAAGAAAAACUUGUUUUGUGCUUCACAUGAGAAUUCAUACUGGAGAGAAACCUUACACAUGUGAUCAGUGCGGGAACAGUUUCGCACAAUCAGGAACCCUUAAGAAACACAUGAACACCCACACUGGAGAGAAACCGCACAAGUGUUCACACUGUGACAAGAGAUUCACUCAGUCUGGAUACCUGAAAGCACAUGAGAGGAUCCACACUGGAGAGAAACCUUACACAUGUGAUCAGUGCGGGAAGAGUUUUGUACGGAAAGCAAUCCUUUUGAAACAUUUGAAAUUUCAUUCAGGAGAUAAACUGUACAUAUGUAUUCAAUGUGGGAAGAGUUUCAUAUACAAAAGAAGUCUUUAUGUUCACAUGAGAGUUCACACUGGUGAGAAACUGUACACUUGUGAUCAGUGCGGGAAGUGUUUCACACAAUCAUCACAACUUAAGAGACACAUGAAGAUCCACACUGAAGAGAAACUGUACUCGUGUGAUCAGUGCGGCAAAACAUUUUUGAGGGCUUCAGAUCUGAAGAAACACCUGACGGUUCAUUCAAAGGAGAAGCCACAUUCAUGUCAUCUGUGUGGAAAGAGCUUUUCACGUUUUUCAUCUUUGAAACAACAUAAAAAAACGCACACUGGUGUGAGAGAGUACAUGUGCUUGUGUAAAAAGACUUUUACUACAGCGACCAGUUUAAAACAGCAUGAGAGGAUCCACACUGGAGAGAAACCGUACAAGUGUUCACACUGUGACAAGAGAUUCAGAGUGUCAUCAAGUCUGAAAACACACGAGAGGAUUCACACCGGAGAGAAACCGUAUCACUGCACUGAAUGUGGGAAAUGUUUCAGUCGUUCAUCUUCUCUACACAAACAUACAAAAAACAAUCAUAGAAGGGAUGGGUACCAGAACAUGGUAUAG